AUGGAUGAUGAAGCAAUAAUCAAAUAUUUGUUGAAAAAUAAUCUAUGGAGACAAGUAAGAAGUCGCGCUUUAUGGAAAGAGAUGGCUAAGGAACGUGUAACUAAUCAUUCCUCAGAAUCAAUGCGGUCACGCUUCCGUCACCAUUUAGUGAAUUCAGUUUAUGCUCAUUUACUAAAAACACUCCCUAGAAAUGAACAGACUGAACUUCACGAUAUCCUCUUUGGAAGGUCAAACAAAUAUUCCAAUCCUAUGCAGAAAGAUAAAUAUGAUGGUGUGCUCAGUGAUGGUAUAUGUCAUUCAUCUUAUUCGAUUGAUGAAUGUAGUUUGGAUUUGGAUAAGCUUAACACAUAUGGAACAAAUGUGCUUUUCAGUCCGUCACAAAAGAAUCACUCAGACAGAUCAACUAGUAACAAGGCUUCCCAGUCAAAUAUUGAGAGUGAUAAAUUCGUGAAUGCACCACCAGAUCUUACAAAAAGCUCCAGUUUCUCGUCUCCCGACCAAAUCCCUGUUUGUUUGUAUGAAAGUCCUAAAAGAUUUUGUAAUAAUUGCCCUUUACCACCACCAGUUGUAGCAGCAAACAAAAAGAAAACAUCAGAAUCAAAUGAUUUACCGAAUGAUUCAACGGGUCCUUCAUCAUCUAACCAAUCUGUAUUAGAAUUGAUACAGAGUACACCAUGUGAAGAUUCCAGUUCACCGUCUAAUCUAUCACUAGUGACAAUGGAUUCAUCUCCAUUCACUCCAAUAAAUUAUCCGGUAUGGGUUUCAAAGUUGAUAAAUUGCUCUAAUUAUCUAACAACGCCAUUACAAGCUAUAUUGCUUGUUCAUAUGACAAAUGGUUCCGUUGCAGAAGCGUACAACUUUCUGACCACCGGUAAACGUUGUCCAUCAUCAGCAACAAAUUUUAGUCCACCUCUUUGGUUACCUGAUGAUGAUGAAUGUUUAGGUUCAACUGAUAAAAAUAAACUUGAUGAACUUGUCAAUCGUUUUGGUUGGGCAGAAAUAGUUAAACGUGUUGGCUUUUUACAAAAUAAAAAUAAUAUUGAUACUUCUGAUGACAUUUUUUGAAAAUUUUAUUUAUUAGAUUUUGUACAUAAUUAUCGUCUAGAUUUUAUAAAAACUCUGUUGUUAAUUUAUUUUAGUACUGUGUUUUUUCAUCUAUUUCGCUGUAUAUUUAAACAAGAUAUUUUUUUCUGUUUAUUUUUGUACAUUUUCACCUGAGAGAUUUCUAACAGUUAAUUUUUUGUUUUAACUUAUUUAGUUUACUGUUUGUUAAAUCCUCAGAGUAAAA